CGUGCAUUACAUGCGACAGACUGACGGGAAGGAUAUUUUUAUCAAGCGAAAGCCGAUGGGAGAUCGACGGUUUCGCGUAUGAAUUUGUAUGCGGAUAUCGUGGGGCGUAAGCUCCGUUGGUCUCUGUCUGGGAAUGAACUGGGCGUCGCCUUUAGAGAGGCCGAGUGCCUGAAGCCUCCUUUACGCGACUCUCUCCUCCUCCUGCGGUCGCUCUCUCUCGUCUUCUGGCUCUCGUCGAAAAGAAAAAUGAUUAAUCUUUUUAAGAUAAAGGGCCAGAAGAGAGAAGAUGCUGCAAAUGCCAAUGGAAGGGCUCCUGUUAAGAAACAAAGUGCAGGGGAACUGCGUCUUCAUAAAGAUAUUAGUGAGCUUAACCUACCUAAAACCACUACUAUAUCAUUUCCCAAUGGAAAGGAUGAUCUGAUGAACUUCGAAAUCAGCAUUCGACCUGAUGAAGGAUAUUAUCAAGGCGGUACAUUUAUUUUCACCUUUCAAGUCUCUCCUUCAUAUCCUCAUGAGCCACCGAAGGUGAAGUGCAAGACAAAGGUCUACCAUCCAAAUAUUGACUUGGAGGGAAAUGUGUGCCUAAACAUUCUGCGCGAAGACUGGAAACCUGUCCUCAACAUAAACACUGUUAUUUAUGGCUUGAAUCUUCUUUUCACGAUCUUCUGAUGUGGAAGACAGCUGCAUCUAGAGCACCAUGGGGUUGUUGCACAUGGGACUACUUUGCCUUCUCCAUUCUUGACAUCCGCAUUUCACCAUCAGUUUAUCCUUUCAGAUUUAAGUUAUCACUUAAAAAAAUUGGGGGAAAAAAAAGGCUCUGCUGGUUUGAUUUUAUAUGAAUUGAGCUUAUUUUUCACAGUUUUUAUAUGAGUAAAAUGUUAUCUUUAUUUAACCUUAUUAUGUACGCAGCAACCCAAUGAUGAGGACCCCUUGAAUCAUGACGCAGCGGCUGUUUUACGUGACAAUCCUAAGUUGUUUGAGAGCAACGUGAGAAGGGCAAUGGCUGGAGGUUAUGUGGGUCAGAUCUACUUCCCUAGAUGCAUAUAACAAAAUGCCGGUAGAUCAGAGUGCCCAUGUUUACUCAUCGUGUUUUAACAGCCCCUGAGCUCUGAAUUCUGUUAUAAAUUGUCUUCUUUGGGGCUUCAAUUUGUUUCAGGGUGUAAAUACCUUUGAAACCGUGUAAUCGUCCAACGAGAGAUUUAUUUGCUUCUGUAAUGCGUGAAACAUGUACUGGAUUGGGACCAUGUUCCGUAUGGUGUAAAUUGGUGGAUUAUGCCUGGCACUUGACGGGGGAUAUGGAUUGAGAACACGUGCUUACGUUUCACCCCUCCAGUUCGUGUAACCUUAAACUCAUCUUUUUCUAGAGUUUCUUCAUUAGAUCUUGUGAUGGAUAUUAUGUUCUAUAUCUUUUGCGGCAAAAUUUUGAUUAAUGGUGGUUGAAUAGUAAUAUACCUGAAUGAUAAUGUUCAUAUU